UCACCGCGAUUCACUUUUGCAUGCUGCACAAUUUCCUUCUUUUUCUCCUCUUGUGUGUUUACGAUAAUCAAGAAAAUAAUUAACAGCUUGUUUUUUAAGUUAAAGGAAAAACAUGACUAGCAAUUUUAUGCUUUUCGAAACCACCUAACUAUUAGUUUCAAAAUGACGUCCAACAAAUUACAUCGGGGGACGGGAAACUUAUUGCAGGAUUUAAUUUCUUCCGCCGUCCUAGUUAAACUAUGUGAUGAACAGACAAUUUCUACGAAUUUAGUUAAAUCCGAAUUAAAAAUUAAAUCACAAUUUUUACACUGCUCCAUUUGUGGCGUGAAGCACCAGCGCCGUCCAUUAUCUCAAAUAAAAGUUGAAAUUUUACGACAAAUUAUUUUAAAAGAAAGUUUCCACAAGUUUUCCACGACUUCAAUUUGUCCCCUCUGUUCGGCAACGUUGGAUAAACUUAUCGACCUGAGAAAGAGAAUUGACAAGAUUUCAACCUGCAUUCGAAGUGUGUUUAAAUUACGCCACAACUUAUCAGACCUUGAAGCAGAUACUGAAAUACAAGAUACCAUCUCAGAAAUAAUUACGCUCAAUGACCACCAUAAUGAUUUGCCUGGGGUGCAAAGUGAAGACGACGAUGUGGUCAAACUUGGUAGCCAAGAGGGAUCGGACCACGAAGAUGCUGACAUACAAAAUUCAACGUCUGAAAUUAUUGAUAACGUUCCGCUCAAUCCAAAUGAUGAUUCGCCCGAAGUAUAAGGUGAAGACGUCGAACUUUUGUCAAAAUUUGAUAACGACGAUGACAUUAUGGUUCCGGAUUUUGAUAAUCACGAAUCAGUUAUUUCAAACUCGAUCACUUUGGAAAACCUGACCUGUCCCGAGUGUAACGUAACAUUUGACAAAUCGUGGCAGCUUAAUCGACACCAGAGAAAUCCAUGGUUGGGCAUAUCAGAACGACAAAAUAAGAAAUCCAACUCCAAAGGCAUGCAAGUUGUUAACCUGAAGAAUUUUGAUGACUCCCCCAACGUUUCGACAAGCGUUGAUGACAAAACUGCCAAUAAUGAAGAUGUCAAAAAAUGCAAGAGUGAUACAAGCGACUACGAUUGUGUGCCUGUAGACGACCUUAUCUUCCCAGUUGUAGAGGAAUCGAUAAAGACGAGUGAAGACGAUAAGACCGCUGAUCUUGAGGUCACUGUUGACGGUGCCAGUGUUCAAGUAAAUAAUUCUGAUGUAAAUUUCAUCGUGGAAACAAUGCCAGAAUUACCAUUAGCCCUGCCACAAAUUGAUGAUUAUGUUGAGAUCGAAGAAUUUGUGCAAUGCAAGACUGAAGAAGAGUUGGUGACGAUGCAUGAUCCUGCUCGAGAUGUCGUCGUCCCAUGUGUUCUGGAACCUUCAGGGGGGUUGCAAAUAGCAAAAGUCAAAAACGAGGAUGGCGAAGAAGUCAAACUUUUUACAAACAUUAACGGCGUUUAUGAAAUUGUCCCGGAUUUCGACAGUCAUGCCUCCAGCCUACCUAUUGCAUCGCCCACCUUGGAAAAUCUGACCUGUCCCGAGUGCAAGGUGGCGUUUGACAAAUUGUGGAAGCUUAAUCGACACCAGAGGAAUCCAUGGUUGGACAGAUCAGAACGACAGAAUCAAAAGCGGAGUCGAUGCGACGACGGCAACGACAAAGAAGCUGACCUACAGAAUGAUGCUAAGAGGCCACGACUCUCAAGAAUCCGGGCGGAGGAACUAAUCAAAAAUAUCACGAAACGUGGUAAUCCAAAUAACGAUGAUGAUAAUGGCGACUUUGAGAAUCAAGGCGACUCCGACUUUCAUGCUUCCUCGGACAGUGAUGAAGUCGAGCUUUCAUCAGAUGACGAAUCGGUUUAUGGACAAGAUGAUAAUAACCCAAGUCGUUCAGAAUUGAGUUUUGAUGACACCGAGAGAUGCAAGGAAUCGGGAAGAUACAAAUGUCUCAAAUGCAAUACGUCUUACGGGUCAAUGAAGGAUCUUCGUCGUCACCUUACCACUACUCUCGCACAUACCGGGCGGAACCAAACUGGUCAUCGUGCCCGUCGCCCAGAAUUGAAAUUUGAUGGUGCUAAAAUAUCCAAGAAAUCCGGAAGAUACAAAUGUCUUAAAUGUAAUACAACUUACGGCCGAAUGUACCUUCUUCAGCGUCAUCUUAGAACUACUUUCGCUCACACUGGGCAAAUUAAAGCUCUUCCUCCUCCUAGAACUGUGAUCCCAACCCAGGAUGAAAUAUCUUCUCUAAAAUGCGUCGUUUGCGCCACAAAAUUUGACGACGUGGAAACUUUAACCCAACAUAAAAAUCAGUAUAAGAAAAAAUGUGAAAUUUGUGAUAUCUCGUUUCCACACAACUUUUCCCUAGUUCAACAUCUCAAAUCACAAAAACAUGUGACCGCUUUAAGCUGCAGAAAAUUGAAUGAAGACGGUGUGGUUACAUUUCUUUGUGAUAAAUGUGAUCAGGCCGAGUUUCCUGAUGCGCGUGGGCUAUUUCACCACGUCGACAAAAUUCAUAAUUCUGCAUUGGGUCCAACCGAGCAAGAGAUUUCCACUUUACGAUGUACAAUUUGCUGUGAGAAUUUUGACGACCUUACAACCCUCAUAAAACACAAAUCUCUGCAUGGCAAAAGAUGUGAAGUGUGCAGCGUAACCUUUCCUAAUCACCGAAACCUUAAUGGACACCAACUGUCUAGGACCCAUCAAUUAGCAGUUCUAGCCAGACGUGUGAUUCCGACGGGAAAGUUAGUUUCGUCUGUGACCGAUGUCCUGAAUUGCCACCAUUUCCUAAUAAUUCGGAAUUUGUCGACCACAGGAAAAAAUAUCAUCCUGGACGAGGUGUUUUUGGCGAAGGAACCACCGCGGUCAAAUCGUGUCUCCCUUGUGACCGAGUUUUUUACACGGUGAAGUCUUAUAACCUUCAUCUCCACUCUAUGCGACACGAUCGGAGCAAAGGAAACGUUAUCUCUGGACUUCGCGUGCACCCUGUGCGACAAGAAAUACGCUGCAAACUUCCAGCUCCGCGCACAUCUUGCCUCUGUGCAUAUCAAUAAAGCCUUCGUUUGUGAAAUGUGUGGGACUCGUUGUCGUGAUUUGGAUGAGCUGACGGCC